AUGAACAAUCAAACCCCUAAUCAAUCGCCAAAUCCAGGCCAAACCCCGGGGAGCACACCGGGACAGGCCCCUGGAACUUCCCCGCGCAGUCGGCUCACUAUCCAGCCCCAGCACAUCCAGCAGCUCGCUACUACGUACCGUAGUGAGUGUGCCGCGGCGCAGGCUGCGGGCUUCCAGACUCCUGAGGGCCGCGAGCACUUGCGCAAGGCGAAUACGAUUAAGGGAAUUUUGGUACGGUACCAGCAGCAGCACCGUCAGGCCAACGCGUCCGCGGGAGCGGCAGGCCAACCAACGCAGGCGCAACCGCAGGCUGCGCAGCAAAAUGCGAACCAAAACGUGAACCAAAACGUGAACCAAAACGUGAACCAAAACGUCAACCAAAAUGUGAACCAAAACAUCAACCAAAACCCUGCGAUGCAAAACGCCAUGCAGAACGUGAUGCAGAACGCGACGGCGCAGCAGAUGCAGAACGCGCAGGCCGUGCGCCUUCAGCAAAAUCGUGCCUCCCCGCAAGUCAGACCCAACGCCGUAAAUGCCUUGGGCGCAGUGAAUGGUAUGAAUGUGAUGAACGCCAAUGCAAAUGUGACGGCCGCAAAUGCGAUUGGCACCGCGAACACUGCAAAUGCCACACCUGGCGCUGCGAAUGCGAAUGCCUCCGCACAGCCGCUUCCCACCCUUAAUCAACUCCAGGAAAUCAAACGUGUGCUUGACGACUUUCACACUAAGCUCCAGAGCAUCGAGACUGCCAAGCAGACCGGCCAGCUCCCGCCCGAGACCCUCACACGCCUCGCGCAGCUGGAACAAAGCUUGCGCCAGCGCUAUGAACAGUACCGCCGCGCAGCCGUGCAAAUGUCGCAGCAGUUGCGCCGCCAACAACAGCAGCAGGUGCAGGCGAACCACGUGCGUAUGACGCAGGGCUCGCGCCAGGGCUCACCAAGCGUCAGCGGCGCCGCCAGCCCCGGGAUCCCAAGUGCGCAGAGUCCGAUGGGAGUCGCUCGCCAGGCUCCGGUUGCACGUGUCGUGAACACAAAUGCGGCACGCGCUCCGGUCAAGCUGCAGUCGCCGGCGGCGCCGCAGGCCAAACCUGCCCCGAAGGUGACGCCAACGCCGCCACCUCAGGCGAAGCCACUUCCAGCCAAAGCCUCCGUCGCACCCCCUGUCGCGGCCCCUGUACGCGCGCCCACACCCAACACACCCGUCACCAACGUGAAUGCUGCGGCAAAACCCAACAACGGCUCGUCCAACGGGCUCGCGACCCAGGCGAAUCCUGCGCUUACCGCUGGGAUCACCAAGACGCCGCCCGGGCCAUCCAUUGUUGUGACCCCUACGCUUGCCGUGAAGCCGCCACCUGUCACUCUGGCAAAACCUGGCAAGGUUGGCCUCACCGGGGCGAGUGGUACGGUGCCUGCCUCCAUCAACACGCCCGCGGCAACAAAGGUUCCGCCGUUCGAGCUUCAGGGUGACCGCGUGUUGUCGAAGCGCAAGUUGAGUGAGCUUGUGGCGAUCGUGUGUGCGGACGAGGGUGACGGCGAGACUGCGCUCGAAAACGAGGUUGAAGAAUUGUUGCUUGAUCUUGCAGACGAGUUUGUCACGAGUGUGACGAGUUUCGCCUGCCGCCUCGCCAAGCACCGCAAGGUGGAUACGAUUGACGUUAAGGAUAUCCAGCUCCAUCUUGAGCGGAACUGGAAUAUUCGUGUGCCAGGGUAUGCGGGGGACGAUAUUCGGAGUGUCAGGAAGUGGCAGCCAACGGCCGGAUACGCCAGUAAGAUGAACGGGGUGGGGCUCUCCAGGUCGGUAGACGGAAAGUAG